AUGGCUUCCAACAAGCUUAGUGCACUCAUUGUAUUGUUUUCUCUUCUUUCUUAUACCACAUUUUCACAUGCUUGUGGUUCAUGCAAACCACCUACACCUGAGGCUAGCCCACCUCCUUCAAAAUCUCAAAAAUGUCCAAGGGACACCUUAAAGCUAGGUGUUUGUGCUGAUGUUCUAGGACUUGUUAAUGUUGCUCUUGGAUCACCUGCUUCAAGCAAGUGUUGUGCAUUGAUUCAAGGUUUGGCUGAUUUAGAUGCAGCACUUUGUCUUUGCACUGCUAUUAAGGCUGAUGUUCUUGGUAUCAACUUGAAUGUUCCUAUCACACUCAGUCUCUUACUUAGUGCUUGUCAAAAAUCUGUUCCUUCUGGAUUCCAAUGCUCGUAA